CAAGUUUAAUUUGAUUUAUCAACAUGGCUUCUUCUUUAGGUCUCUUGUCAUUGGUUGUGUGCUUGAUUCUAGUAACAGUAGGGGAAGCAAGGAUUAGUAGUAGCUUGUCUAAACAAGAGAAUCUGGAGUUGGAAGAACAACUCAGGAUUCUGAAUAAACAACCUAUCAAAACAAUACAUGCUGAAUGGGGUGAUCUCUAUGACUGCAUUGAAUUCCAUAAACAACCCGCUUUCGACCAUCCUUUGCUCAAGGACCAAAAGAGUUUGAUGAACGAUGAAACUAUACCCCCAACGCCGCACGAUAAAAAAUCAAUCUUUAGUCUAGGCGAUGGAUGCCCAAAAGGUACCGUGCCUAUUCGCAGGACAACCAAGGAAGAUCUGAUCAGAUCCCAAUCCUUAUCUUCCUGGACACCCAGUGCAGCUAAUCGUAUAUAUCGAGCGGGUGUUUAUUAUAAAAAGACUGGUAUGCACGGAGGUAAAGGCACAGUCAACGCAUGGCAUCCAGAAGUAAGAUCGGAUCAAUAUAGCUCAUCUGAACUUUCUAUCAAAUCGGGUCCUUUCAAUCAAACAAAUGCUAUCAAAUUUGGAUGGACAGUGAAUCCUCACUUGUAUGGUGAUGACAAAACUCGAAACUUUGCAUACUGGACUGGUGAUGGAGGUCAUAAAACAGGAUGUUAUAAUACACUUUGUCCCGGUUAUGUUCAAGUUCACCAAACAAGAGGUCCUGGACAGGCUGUUGCUCAAACUUCAAUAAUUGGGGGCCAACAAUAUGAAGUUGCAAUUGAAAUUUCUCUGGAACAAGAAACAGGGAAAUGGUGGUUGAUCUUAGAUGAUGUAAAAAUAGGGUAUUGGCCAAAUCAACUAUUCGAACUAUUUAAACCAGGUGUUGAGUCUAUUUUUUGGGGAGGUCGUGUAAAGGCUGGAAAUGAUGGAGUUAGUCCGCCAAUGGGUAGUGGUUUAUCCAUAGAUGAGUAUUAUGAAACUACUGGAUACUUUGCAGACCUCAAAUACAUAGACGAAUCUAACCAGAGUUUACAACCCGAAAGUGUUGACACUGUUGUUGACUGUCGUGGGUCUGUUAAUCUUUAUGAUGCUAAGUAUUAUAGCAAACACAAUAUGCUUCAUUUUGGAGGGGGGCUUGAUGGUGCUGAGUGUUAUUUAUAAGUAUUUUGCACUUCAUAUGUGCAAGGAAUAUUUAUUUAUUUUCUAGAAUACUUUUUAUUUUUGGAUAUGGCACUUCAUAUGUGCAAGGAAAAUUAUUAUAAU